AUGGCAAACAACACUGACUUGAAAUCGCAAGGCAGGGUCACGGGGAGGACGCACCACCAGAAGCCAGCAGAGGGCACCGCUGUGCUUGAGCCUGAUUCGGGGCCCAAGUCGCCUUCGCCUCCUGGGGGUCCCAAGCCUGAUUCUCCUCCGCCCGGUCCCGAGUCGCCUCCUCCCAAGUCGCCUCCUCCCAAGUCGCCCCCUCCCAAGUCGCCUCCUCCCAAGUCGCCUCCCCCCAAGUCGACUCCUCCCAAGUCGCCUCCCCCCAAGUCGCCUUCUCCCAAGUCGCCUCCCCCCAAGUCGCCUCCUCCCAAGUCGCCUCCCCCCAAGUCGCCUCCUCCCGAGUCGCCUCCCCCCAAGUCGCCCCCUCCCAAGUCGCCUUCUCCGAGCCCCAAGUCUCCUCCGCUUCCGGGUCCGAUCCCACCUCCUGCUCCUUUACCCAUCCCCGCCCCUGAAACUAACCCUGAACCGACCCCGAGUCCUCCCAUCUCCGGCUAUCUGAUCGCAGGAGUGGUGGGGUCGCUGGCCGCUCUGUUCCUCGUGCUGCUGAUCGUUGUGAUUCUGAAGUGGCGCCAGAUGCGGACGAAACGGAGAGUCGUCCCUACAGGGAAGGGGAGGCCCACGGGAAAGGGCGCAGCGGGCGCGGCAGGGGGAGGGGGAGAAGCAGCUGCUCCGAAGGGAGGUGAAGGGGAUGCGGGGGACGCGGAUGACGUGCGGAUUCGAUGGGUCCCCGCGCUGGGAUUCGCGUUCACGGAUCGUACUAUAACGCGUAUACCCUCUGGAAAGGAGGUUGCCGAAUUCACUGCGUCUGGCCGCAUGGUGUUUGCAGAGGCAAGUGAAUUCGAGGGUGACGAGGAGAAGGGUAAUCCCAAGGGUGAUCCGAAGGACACCGGAGGAGCGUAG